AUGAAACCCAUUGUCGAAGACGACGAAAUCGUACGCAUAAAUGUUGGCGGGGUAAAAUUCACGACACUCAGAAGUACACUUUUGCGCUACUCGCAUUCGAUUUUGGCGCGAAUGAUCAACGGGAAAAUACCACCACGGCGGGAUAGCGAGGGAAACGCUUUCCUUGAUCGAGAUCCUCAAAUUUUCAAGUAUAUUCUGGAGUUCCUCAGGUCGUCAAAGGUAGUGAUAUCAGAUGAUCUGAUACAAGGAAUUCUCCCCCAGUUACUCCACGAAGCCGAGUACUUCAUGAUUGAUCCUCUAGUUGAAGAACUCAGACAUCGGCAAGCUAGGCUUAAUAAAAGAGAUGUGUUGCUCGUUUGGAAUGAAGGAGGAGUUAUCAAAUUUAAUUGUACUGACGAAGACGUACUCGCCCAGCUAGAUUACCUAAAACCACCAAUAGUUGGGUUGAAAAAGACACGCUCGAUCGCCACCAUUCAAUACGACUGCGAUUUCCUCGUCGCCAUCAAUCAUUUUAUCAACAAUGGAUUUACCCGCCCCGAUAUUAUGUCCAGCAAGCAGUUCGCCCAGGCAAAAGAAAAGGCAAUCGACGAGAAGCUAAAGGAGAAUGCGAGAACUCAUGAAGUUGAGCAGAUCCGAAAAAGAGAUGCUCGAGGCUUGGAGAGAAAAAGGGCUGAAGGAGGAGUCUCUUUUCUCUACGAUCAACCUCAGAUUGUUGAAAAAUAUCAAGAAGAACGCGACAAGCGAAUAAAAGAGAUCGAAAAAGGCUACAUGUUUGAGUGGCAGAAGAACGCCCCGCGAGAUCGCUUCGUGGACGGAAUUCUUCCGACGGAAAUUGCUUCGAAGCCACAGAUUCAUAUGCCUUUUAAUGGACCGAACGUCAUGCUUUCCAUUCCUUGCUUUCGAUGCAAGCAGCAUGGGCAUCUUACUUACGAUAAAGUCUGCCCAAGAUACAGUGAGGAUAUUUCUGAAGCAGAACUAAAAGAAAUGGGCAAGAGUUUUCAACUUGUUGAAAUCGACCCGCGUAGAAUCGAAACGCUCGUCGAGGACUUCACAAACGAAUACGUCAAUUAUCAUGGAGCACCAGAAGCUUCAAUCGCUAAGGAAAAGUUCGCGUACCGACAGAGUCAGUUUGCGUUGAAUCCAGAGACGACGAAAAUCCUCCGGGAACAGUCUGGCAUCGAUACGAUGAUCCCUGUGAUGGAGCGAGAAAAGCGUCGAAAAGAAGAUCUCGAGUACGUUGAAGGACUCGGAGUUGUCGGAAGGCGGGUGCUUCUUACAACUGUCCGAAGAAUGAUGCGCGAGAAAAAACGAAAGCUUCGAAUGAAACUCCUGGAAAAAGAACUCUUUGAUCUUGCUGAUAAAAUUUACAUUUCUGAUGACUCAGACUCGGAGGGAGAGUAUGAAAUUGACAUUCCUGAGCUCCAAGAAGAAUUCACGAACGUAAUCGACGAACUUGUUUUUGGUUCUGAAGCGCCUGUUGUUAAAAUUGAACCUAUCGACGAUACAAUUAUCAAAUCCGAGCCAGUCAAUCAGUAUCCGGAGCUCGAGGCGGCGGUGAAAGUUGAAAUCAAGGAGGAGCUCACAGAUGCCGAGGAAAAAAUCAGGAGCCGUUUGACGAAACGCCGUUGUGAGGAAAUAGUAAAGCUUAACAACUUAAAAGCAGAAUACAAACAAGUAGUGGCUGAUGCGUCGUCGGAACAAGAUCCAUUAGCGGAGGCCGUUUCCGUCUAUGUUGCUGAAGGAUCAACAAAGAAGGAAAUCCAGUCAAACCUCAAGAAGUUAGAAGAGGAAAAGAAAAAAUCGAUAGAAGCGCGACUUCGUCAGCGGUUGCAAAAGCAGCGGCGCCAAGUUGAAAAACUUGAGCAUGAAAUCAAAGGCAUCACCGAGACACUGGACAAAACUGACGAAACUAAAGCGCUUUAUGAGCUCAAACUUAGGAAGGAGAAAGGUUUUGAAGCCAUCUCCAAAAUAAAAGGAAUCGAGGAACGCCUUCGAGAACUAGACCAACAAAUUGUCGCCGAAUCGCAACAGCGAAAAGAACAACAACUUCAUGAAAUGAGCAUUGUUGCGAGCAGAACUGAUGCUGAGAAGCUUCUUCGACAGCGAAUCGAAGAAAGGAAACAUGAAGCGGAUAGGGAAGCCGAGCAAGAAGAAUCCGAAACCCUCCGCCAAGUCGGCUUCGCUGGAUCUGUUGAAGAAGCCCAUAAAAAUUUCAAGCCCAAACGAAAAGUUUCAGAAUCCGAUGCUGAUGUCAUCGUGUCAAGUAUUUGCCUACCCUCCAAAGAAAUAACUGUGAUGACCAAAGAGGAAAAAUUAAAACUUCAAAAAGAAGAGGAAGAAAAAGCCAAGGAAGCUGGAAGAGUCUACGUGCCAAAGACGGAGAUAAAGAGCUUCGAAAAAGAAAUCAAUGGAAAGAAGCAUAAAAUCGACGAGUCAUUUCUGUCCCAGUUCGGCAUCAAGCUCGACUAG